CCAAUAUUUAGGGCUGUGUUACGCCAGCGCAACGCCUAAGUCCGCUGCCUUCAGCCCCCACGCCAUAGACGCUUGGCUUCUCGUCCACAGCGUCAUAACCCCCACCCCCUCCCAUGACGCACUGUUACACGUCUCCAGCGCCAAUCCAUAAACAAACGCUCUCUUCCGUAUCGACUUGUCAAUUGAUGAGAUCGGUCUUCUCCACUUCAUCCGGUAGUGUUGUGAGGAGACUCGUCGCCUUACAUGAAUUGAUGAUAAUUACAAGAUUCGGGGGUUAUUUGCCCUAGAAAGAUCUUGCCCUAGAAAGAUCUAAUUUGGGUGUCAAACAUCUACUCCCUACUUGCGCCCAAGAGGAAACGGUAGGCAUACGCUGCAUAUUUGCUAGAAGGAUAUCUAUAGGUACAAUUAAUCAUGGUCAACUGAAGCAUAUGGGGCGGGUCCUCCAAGAAACCCUUUACUGCUUCUAGGCGGUAGGCAGUUCAGCCCCAUGGAAUCACCCCGCAGCUGAAAAGGUAGGGCGUUGAUUGAUGGAUGGAUGCAAUCCGUUGAGUAUAUUUUGAAUCUCUUUCACGAAGUCAUAUGGGUCACUUAUUUCUUAAGUAUGGGAGUGACUAUCUCAAUAUUUGUUUUUAUAUGGAAGUUAUAAAAUGGUUUCAAAGGGAUUUGGAUAUACGGCGCUUGACUCAAGCCUCCGGGAGAUUCGAGUUCUCACUGUUCUACCAGGUAGUUUCAACGAGCCUCUUCGGGUUACUUUAGAUACUCUGAGUCUCGGCUCUAAACCUAUCUACAAUGCCCUAUCGUACGUAUGGGGCGAUGCUUCCAGUGCCAACACUCCAGGAAACACGAUAAAUAUCGACGGCCAUGAUUUUCCUGUAACGACAAAUUUACUCUCAGCUCUGCGCCAUCUGCGCUCUGUUCUUGGAGCGGUCGAUCAGAUUACACUAUGGGUGGAUGCCGUAUGUAUUAAUCAGGCGGAUCUAGACGAACGAGCACAGCAAGUGUCGAUGAUGCGUGAUAUCUAUGCAUCUGCCGAACAAGUGAUCAUAUGGCUCGGAGAGGAGGACAACGAGAGUGACGCUGCUUUCGAUUCAAUCCCAGUGCUCGCAGCGCAAAGCCACACCAACCAAGAUGAAGGAAUUUUGGAUACGGCGCGCUUAUAUAGCCGCUUCCUUAUUGGAUUGGCAGAGCAGCGUCCCUGGCUUUCGCGAGUCUGGAUUAUCCAAGAGCUAGCGAUGGCUAGAAACGACCCUUUAGUUGUAUGCGGGCACAAGUCCGUACCCUGGUCAACCUUUAUGAAGGCAUCGGAAUUCGUUUCUAGAAAGAUGUUUACUGAAAUUGGUAUGGUAAAGCAUAACAAGCCUGGUAGUGAUGGUCAGAGCACUCCAGGGGAAAACUCGACGGAAAAGGUCGGAGAGGAAGACAUUGAGAUUACUGCAAAGUGGAAAAUUGAUGUCCUCGAUGAUCUCUACAAAUCGAUGAGAUCCAAGGGCGGAGAUAGCUUGCGGAACUUGUUGUUCAUCUCAAGGACUUCCGAAGCCACGGACCCAAGGGAUAGGGUUUACGCUCUCCUUGGCCUCCUAAAAGCCGAUUCACCUAACCCCCAAAGUCCCGACAAUUUGGUCGAAGUAGAUUAUCGCAAACCAACUGCCGCUGUCUAUACGGAUGCGAUGGCUCAUAUUUUUGCUCAGGGAGAUGGCCCUUACUUCCUCUCAUGCAUGUUCCUGCCAGGGAUUUCAGCCGCUGCUCCUCAAAUCCCUGACUUACCAACGACCAUUCCACAACCUACUCUCCCAUCCUGGGUUCUAGAUUUCUCUAAGCAGACCUUCCCAAAAGCAACACAGCUCAGAUCGACAUCAUUUCACCCACCGGCGGGUAUCACUGCUUCUGGGGCUGGUGCAAAUUGCAAUAACGGGAAGCGAUUAGAUGACAAAAGAACACUGCAAGUAGAAGGCCUGUUCGUCGACACCAUUGAGGAUGUCAUCGCCUUCGGGUCGUCCCUUGAUUCCCACAUCAAUCAAUUGGCUCAAAUCGAAUCUCUUGCCAAAACUGCCAAAGAGCGGCCUUGCAUGCUUGAGCCCGCCGUGAGGCCCUACAUAGAACAAUUUAAGAAUAAAGAACCCUUAUGGAGAGCGUUGGUAUCAAACAAGCGAUUCAACUCCGGAUAUGACCCGGCUCCGAUAUCUUAUGAGGCAAUGCACCAAGAUAUCUUAAAGAGUCUUGCUGAGGGUCACGACUGGAAGAUUGAAACGGGUCAUGACCAAGAAAACGAAUACAUAAAAUGUCUAAAGCCGAAUGUAGGGAUGAAGUCAUUCUUCACGACGACAAGUGGUUUUGUUGGUACUUGUGUCCCUGAUAGCCGCAAGGGAGAUGUCAUCGCUAUUCUCUUCGGGUCUCCCGUUCCAUUCGUGUUACGCCCAGGGCCGGAGACUAUACAAUUGGAUAAUAGAGAAAGACCUACGCAUUUUCUCAUAGGUGCAUCGUACGUGAGCGGUAUCAUGGACGGUGAGAUGGUAGACGAGCUAUAUUGCGAGGAUAUAAUGGAUUCCACAACUUUCUUCAUUCGAUAAAAGUCUAUUUAUAGCUGGUAAUAAGGCGUCGUAGAUAUGUUAGCUUUGUGAAACAACAUAUAUAUAUCACGAUAUCAAUAAAAUGAAU